AUGGAUGAGCUAAAGGCGGCUCAGACCGAGCGAAACAAGAGGGAACUGGCUGAGCAGCGGCGUGGCUUCGGAGCGCAGAGUGUGUCCUCUCUCAAGGAGCUGUAUGACCUCCAGCGGGACAGGACUGUGGUUGCCUCAGACCCGAAGGAGGAGAACCAGGCUCUCCAGCGUUCCAUCCAAACCCUUCAGAGACAGAUUGCCACAGAGCGAAGCCGAAGGGAGGCUGCAGAGCAAGAGAUCGAGUUCACGGGUCUUGAGCAGCGGCUGGUCCAGCUGGAGGGCUGCUGGGCCCGGCAGACGGAGCUGGAAGAGGAGGUGGAGCAGCUGCAGCUUCUGUGGCGUGCCACCAGCAGUGUCAGAAGACCGGAGCAGCUGCUGUUGCCUGAAACGGUGUUUUUUGCCUCUGAAGAAAAGCAGAGUGAAGCAGAGGAGACAUCAGAGAAGGAAAAGGAGCAGACAAAGCAAAGCCGACAGAGGUGUAACAGUGACAGUGUUUUGAAGGCCACAAACACGGAUGAGCUUCGCCGUGGUCAUGAGCAGCUGUGCAUCAGGCGGGCAGAGGCAGUGAAACAGCGAGGCAUCUCUCUGCUCAACGAAGUGGACGCACAGUAUAGCGCCCUCCAGGUAAAAUACGAGGAGCUGCUGCAGUGUUACCAUCAAGCAACAGACGGACUGAGCCAUAAAGCUGUCCAGACCUCCAGCGGUUCCUUCGCCAACGCCAGGGCACGCCGCCACCUCUCCAACUCAGCUGCACCGUCCGAUUUAAAGGUUCUUCCUGAAGAUAACCAGCAGCCCGAGUACAAAGUUCUGUUCAAGGAGAUCUUCACCCGCAUCCAAAAGACAAAGGACGACAUCAGCGAGAACAGGCACCCGGCACAUGACAGCGAUUCUGCAGAAUGAGUUUCAUGCAUUCAUCUUCCCUCGAUUUGCUUUGGAAAAAUGGUUGGUGAAUAAGCCUGUGUUUACUACAAAACUGAAAACAAAUGAAUAUAGAAGAAUUUAAUAAGAAAUGAUGUACAUGAAGAUAUUUAAAACUGCAUUUCAAUCUAACAGUCCAGUAGUAUUAUGUUUUUCUGCCAUAUUUAUGUAAUGCUAACUCACUUGAUGGUGUUUGGUGCUUAGAGCAGAAAGGCACAUGUGUUGUUACGGUUUAGAUGGAUGUAUUAUGUAAGCAGAAAUUUUGCAUAACGAUGGAAAACUGUCGAAAUGUAAUCCGUGGUUUAUAAAAGCUGAAAUACUGGCUGGUUUUAUGAAAGUAGAAGGUAAUUUGUUUGGUUUCUAAACCUUUGUUGGUGCGUCACUAUAAAUCAUGUAUGGUGAAAGCUUUUUUUGUUUGUUUUAUUGAUAUUUGUAGCAACAUUUUUGCUCAGGACACAUAAAAGCACUUCUUUUUUUUUUGCAAUUGAUCACACUUUUAUUUAUUAUCUGAAGAUUUAUUAUGUUUGUAGGUAGCUUUCUAGAGGAGCCUAAUCAGUUGAUUAGAAGUGAAACUCAGCGUAGCUGCACUGUGUUGUAAAUGAUUUAGGUAUGUUAUUUAAAAAAAUAUAAGGUGAUUUUGUUCUAAUUUUUAAAAUGAUUCUAACAAAAGUAACUAGAAGAUAUAUAAAUGUUCAGAACCUCAGCUAAUGUAUGUUUCAAGAAAAAGAUGUUCUAAAAUAAAACUAUUUGGCAAUUAGCCACAUGAGUA